CACUCCCCUCUAUUCCUUUUAGGUCCCCAGCUAAGAACUUCAACCAGCCCUCAAUUCAGUGGUCAACGAAAGAUUGCUAAAGGAAUUGUGUAGAAAAAAAGGACUCACCUGUGUCUCUCUCUCUCUUUCCAUCAUCCUAUUCAAGACCAUCCCCCCCCAUCGCUUCUGAUUUCUUUACGUUUUUGUUUACGUACGGAUUUCCCUUGCUCUCUUCCCUUGAAACUCCACACCGUCGAAGAUUAAAGUCGGCAGAAGAAAAGAUUCCCUGAAACUCUCGAGUCUCUGCCUAGAUUUUUGUUGAUUACCUCCUCCUUCCACCAUGCCUUCCGCUACAGCAUCCGGUGCUCAAGGCAAUGCCAACGACAAUAUCCGCAGAUUUGCUGCUCCUUCCAGACCUUUGAGCCCAAGAGCUGAACAUACCCUUUUCCACGACAAGACAAGAUGUUUCGUUUACGGUCUGCAACCAAGAGCUGUUCAAGGCAUGCUCGAUUUCGACUUCAUCUGCAAGAGAAAGACUCCUUCAGUUGCAGGUAUCAUUUAUACAUUCGGUGGUCAAUUCGUGAGCAAGAUGUACUGGGGUACCAGUGAAACUCUGCUUCCAGUUUACCAAGAUGUUGAGAAGGCCAUGGCCAAGCACGAGGAUGUUGAUACUGUUGUCAACUUUGCUUCAUCGCGUAGUGUUUACCAAUCUACCAUGGAACUUUUGCAAUACCCACAAAUUAAGUCAAUUGCCAUCAUUGCUGAGGGUGUACCUGAGAGACGUGCCCGUGAAAUCCUUCACGCAGCUGCAAAGAAGGGUGUUACAAUUAUUGGUCCAGCUACUGUCGGUGGUAUCAAGCCAGGAUCCUUCAAGAUUGGUAACACUGGUGGUAUGAUGGACAACAUUGUUGCAUCCAAGCUUUACAGAAAGGGUUCCGUUGGUUACGUUUCCAAAUCUGGUGGUAUGUCCAACGAGCUCAACAACAUUAUUGCCAACACAACCGAUGGUGUUUACGAGGGUGUUGCUAUUGGUGGUGACAGAUACCCAAGCACAACCUUUAUCGACCAUCUCCUCAGAUAUCAAGCCGAUCCAGAAUGUAAGAUUUUGGUUCUGUUGGGAGAAGUUGGUGGUGUUGAGGAAUACAGAGUUAUUGAGGCCGUCAAGAACGGAACUAUCACAAAGCCAAUUGUCGCAUGGGCUAUUGGUACUUGCGCAAGCAUGUUCAAGACUGAGGUUCAAUUCGGACAUGCUGGUUCAUUCGCCAACUCUCAACUCGAGACUGCUGCUACCAAGAACAAGUCCAUGAGGGAUGCUGGUUUCCACGUUCCAGAUACCUUUGAAGAUAUGCCAGCUGUUCUCGCCUCUGUUUACGAGAAGCUUGUUGCUGCUGGAACCAUUGUUCCACAACCUGAACCAAUUGUACCAAAGAUCCCAAUUGAUUACUCAUGGGCUCAAGAACUUGGUCUUAUCCGAAAGCCUGCUGCUUUCAUCUCUACCAUUUCUGAUGAUCGUGGACAAGAACUUUUGUAUGCCGGUAUGCCAAUUUCUGAUGUCUUCAAGGAGGAUAUCGGAAUUGGUGGUGUCAUGUCUCUUUUGUGGUUCCGUCGUCGUCUCCCAGAUUACGCAAGCAAAUUCCUCGAAAUGGUUCUUAUGCUUACUGCCGAUCACGGUCCAGCUGUUUCUGGUGCCAUGAACACUAUCAUUACUACCAGAGCAGGAAAGGAUCUUAUCUCUGCUCUCGUUUCUGGUCUUUUGACCAUCGGAUCUAGAUUCGGUGGUGCUCUUGAUGGUGCUGCCGAAGAGUUCACCAAGGCUUUCGACAAAGGUCUUUCCCCACGUGAUUUCGUCGACACCAUGAGAAAGCAAAACAGACUUAUCCCAGGUAUUGGACACAAGGUCAAGUCAAGAAACAACCCAGAUCUCCGUGUCGAGCUCGUCAAGGAGUUCGUCAAGAAGCGUUUCCCAAGUUGCAAGAUGCUCGACUAUGCUUUGGCUGUUGAGUCUGUCACCACCUCCAAGAAGGAUAACUUGAUCUUGAACGUUGAUGGUGCUGUUGCCGUCUGCUUCGUUGAUUUGAUGCGCAACUGCGGUGCAUUCAGUGCAGAGGAGGCUGAAGAUUACAUGAAGAUGGGUGUCUUGAACGGUCUCUUCGUUCUUGGACGUUCUAUUGGUUUGAUUGCUCAUUACCUUGAUCAAAAGAGAUUGCGCACUGGUCUUUACAGACAUCCUUGGGAUGAUAUUACAUAUCUUUUGCCAUCUUUGUCAUCAGGCGCACCUGGUUCUGAAGGUCGUGUUGAAGUUCAGAUGUAAGGUUGGGGUUAACCUGGAGACAAUUUUGUAAACGCGGAUGAAUUCGAAGGGUGGAAGUUAUAGAGCAUGCUUCCUACUUCUUACAAGGAAUACUUAUUUUUUCUGAUCCAAAACAUGCUGGAUGAAUGGAGUUUUUAAGAUCAAUCAUGUAGUAGAUGAAGAAUUGCUAUAGAGCAAGAAUUUUUUAAUGGAAAUGAAAUUAAAAUGAUGAAUCA